AUAAUCACGUGACAAGAACGUCAAGCUGACGUUUCCAAAGAAUGAAUAUGCGACCUUUUUGACCUUUGAUAAUAUCUCCGGCAAUUUAACCGGUUUAUAUCAGAAGUUAUCGUUGUGUACGCGAGGUUUGCGGGGCAAGAAUUUCGACACUUAUUUUGCAGCUAUUUGAUCCGAAAUUCUAGUGAGUGACGUUGAUUAUUAUUCACUAAAAAAGUAUAUUUAACUUCAGAAAAACAACUAACUAGUUAGUAGCAUCAUGUCGAUAAAGCAAACAGUUACACUGCUGCAAAGCAAAAAUGGAAUUUGCUGCGCUUUACAGAGAGCCAACUCUUGGUGGUCCGGUGUCCAAAUGGGACCACCAGAUGCCAUCUUAGGAGUGACCGAAGCAUUCAAGAGAGACACCAACCCUAACAAAAUUAAUUUGGGAGUAGGUGCUUAUAGAGAUGAUAAUGGUAAACCAUAUGUACUCCCAUCUGUGCGUAAGGCUGAAGAAAAGAUAAAAGCUAAAGGUUUGGAUAAAGAAUAUGCCCCAAUAUCUGGUGUUCCGGAAUUCUGUAAAAGAAGUAUUGAAUUAGCUCUUGGAGAAAAUUCCCCAGCUGUGAAAAAUGGUUUAAAUGCUACAGUUCAAGGUAUUUCUGGAACUGGAGCUUUAAGGAUAGGUGGUGCAUUUUUAAAUAGUUUCUUUCCGGGUAAUAAGAUCAUUUACUUGCCAUCUCCUUCAUGGGGCAAUCAUAAUCCCAUAUUCAAACACUCCGGUUUGGAAGUUAAGAGCUACAGAUAUUACAAUCCUAAAACUUGUGGAUUGGAUGUCCAAGGAACUCUUGAAGAUAUUUCAAAAAUCCCAGAAAAAUCAAUCAUCCUUCUUCAUGCCUGUGCUCAUAAUCCAACUGGAGUUGAUCCCAACAAAGAGCAAUGGAAAGAAAUCUCCGAGGUGAUCAAAAAAAGGAACCUCUUUGUAUUCUUUGAUAUGGCAUAUCAAGGAUUUGCCACAGGUAGCGUAGACAACGAUGCAUUUGCUGUGAGAUAUUUCUUGGAGCAAGGUCACAACAUUGCUUUGGCUCAAAGUUUUGCUAAAAAUAUGGGGCUUUAUGGUGAGAGAGCAGGAGCUUUUAGUAUCAUCGGCUCCUCUAAAGAUGAAGCUGAUAGAAUAAUGUCACAAAUUAAAAUACUCAUCAGACCCAUGUAUUCAAAUCCACCCAUAAACGGUGCUAGAAUCGUUGCCGAAAUCUUGAGCGACCCAGGUUUAAAAAGCGAAUGGUUACCAGAAGUUAAGGGAAUGGCUGAUAGAAUCAUAUCUGUCCGUAAUAAACUGAAAGAAAAUUUAAAGAAGGAAGGAUCUAGUAGAAACUGGGAGCACAUUACCAAUCAAAUUGGAAUGUUCUGUUUCACUGGAAUGACUCCAGAGCAGGUGGAAAAGUUGGUGAAAGAACACAGCGUAUACCUCACCAAAGAUGGGCGUAUCUCGAUAGCUGGAGUUACAUCCAAAAAUGUUGAUUACUUAGCAAGAGCUAUGCAUUUAUCUACAAAAUAAUUAUGCUUUUAAAUAGAAUUGAAUUGUGAAAAGAAUGAUUUUUUGAGAUCAAAAGUAUUAUAUUCACCUUUAUUUACAAUUUUUUGUUGCAUGAAAAAUAUAUAUAUACACAUCUUAUAUUUUGUUAAAACAAUUUUGUUGUCAAUAGUAAGAGUUACAUUA